GUGCGCUGUGUUCCUCGGACACAGCGGAUCACCGAUCACGGAAAGAGCCGAAGAUGUCGGCUCGGUCAUGUGAUCAGCUGUGUCCAAUCACAGCUGAUCACAUGGGACAUGUACAUUGAUCAUCAGGGCACUGAUGAUCAGUGUAGCCCCAGCAGUGCCACCUGUCAAAGUCCAUCAGUGCCAGCUGUCAGUGCCGAUCAGUGCCACGUGCCAGUGCCUAUCAGUGCCACAUCAAUGCCACACAUCAGUGCAUACCAGUGCACAUCAAUGCCACAUAUCAGUGCCCAUCUGAGCUGCCUUUCAGUGUCAUCCAUCAGUGCCAGUCAGUGCCACCUAUCAAUGCCAAGCAGUGCCACCUAUCAGUGCUGCCAACCAGUGCCACCUAUCAGUGCCAGUCAGUGCCGCAUAUCAGUGCCUGUCAGUGCUGCCUAUCAGUGUGCAUCAGUGCCACCUAUCAGUGCC